GCUGCGGGCGGUCCUGGGCGGUGUAGGCUGGCAGUGGUUUCUCACGGGCGGUUUUGCCUUGGCGGCUCUGUGCGGCCCCGCUGGCAGGAGAGGCCGGGGCCGUGGUCUCCAGCCAGGACUGGUCUCUGGUCUCUGCACUGGGAGUCUGCUGCUGCCUGGAGGUGCCAAGAUGAUGGGAUGGGGUGGGGGACGCCAUGCAAGGACGCCUUUACUCCCUGCUGCUCCUGCGCAGGUGGAGGGGCUGCGCUGUCCGUCUACCCUUGUCCCCCAAAGGACAGGAUGACCCCCCCAGAGGGCAAGGGACUUCCUAAGAGCCCUGAGCCUGCCCCUCAGCCAGAGCUCACUCCCCCCAACCCCAGCAACACCCAGAUGAGGAAGUGGGAGGAUGGGGCAGUUCCUGUCAGGUGCCUUCCUGAGCUGUAACCCAUGACCACCCGGCUGGGUCCUGACGGUCCUGGUGCUGCGGUGUGGAGGGAGGUGGAGCAGCCUGGACACCGGGCUGGGAGUGCAAGACCCCUGCGCGACCCCCUAGGCACAGGGAACCCCCUGCCCUGUGUGGCCCACGGGCUGCAGAGCCUGCGUCACUGGCUUCUGUGCACUCGGCGAGCAGGAACUUGCCGUUGCAUGGCCCGCCCUGAUAAGCAGCCGGCGGGUCUGAGGCAGCUGCGCCGGGGGCUGAGGCCAGCCCCAGGGGGCAGCGAUGAGGUGGCUUCGAGCAGUGGUUUCGCCCAGGUCCUGGCCCCAUGCCUGCAGCUCCUGGCGCCCCAGGGCCUGCCUCUGCAGCCUCCCCAUGCUGGGUCUCAUGGCGUGCACCGCUCUGCUGGUGUUGGUCGUAUGCUGGGGGAGCUCCUUGCACCUCUUCCACAGGUAUCGGCCUGACGCUCUGGAGCCCGAAGCCAGCACGAGGACCGUCUCCCCACCCCGCCCCAUGCUGGAGUCAUUCCUCGGGGACCAGUACGGGCAGGAUGGGACGUAUCAGAGCUCGGGGUGCCCCAGCAGCAUCCGGAAGAGGAUCCACGGCACCGAGUUCAGCAGCAUCUUCCUGGAGACCAUCCCAGUGCUGCAGUGGUCGCGGCACGCCGAGGAGGCCGAGUACCAGCGUCUGCAGAGGUACCACGGAGCCUUUGGCUGGCAGGAGGUUUCCUGGCCUGUGCUGCGAGAUGCUCUGAGCCUGCUCAACACCUCGGCCAACGCACGCCUGCUUGAGGCCCGGGGCCCUGGUGACCCCUCCUGUAUCCGCUGUGCCGUGGUGGGCACCGGCGGCAUCCUCAACAGCUCCGGCAUGGGGGCCGCUAUCAACCGGCACGACUACGUGUUCAGGAUGAACGGUGCCAUCACCGCGGGCUUCGAGCGCGACGUGGGGGACCGCACGUCCUUCUACGGCUUCUCCACCAACACCAUGAUGAACGCGCUGCAUGCUUAUGCUGCCAACGGCUUCCAGCAGCCGCCACGGACACCGGAAACCAGGUACCUUUUCCUCCCGGACCACGAUCGCGAUUACCUGUUGCUCCGGGCGGCCAUGACCCGCAGUCCCGUGGACCAAGGCCAAGACAAGGGCGCUCGGCCCCAGCAGUACUUCGGAGAGGACCUGAGGGCAGAGAAGUUCAAGAUGCUGCACCCCGACUUCAUCCGCUACCUCCGGAACCGAUUCCUCCUCUCCGAGACGGUGCGGUCCCUACGCUGGAAGCUGUACCGCCCCUCCACCGGGGCCGUGAUGCUGCUGACUGCCAUGCACACGUGUGACGAGGUGAGUGCCUACGGGUUCCUGACCCCCAACUACGCAGCCUUCUCCGAGCACUACUAUGACCGGGUGCACAAGAGCAUCUCCUUCUACCUCAACCACGACAUGCAGCUGGAGUUGCAGCUCUGGCAGCGGCUGCAGCGCAGCGGGCUCCUGACAUUAUACACGCGAGACUGACGGCCAGGAAUGCGCUGGGUCAUGGCGCGGGGCCGUAGAGCUGCCGCGGCCCCGGAGGACGUCGGGGGCACAGCUGGCGCCACUGCAUUGUGCAUGGGCUGGUGGCUACCCUGGCAAAGCCCCGCUGGACCUGUCCCCUGGGGACACCUGGCCGCUCUGCAAAGGACAGAGGUCAGAGCUCAGGUCCAGCAGCGUCUGGCCGUGCUCAAGGGGGGCAAGAGGCAGGUCCCUUGAGUGCUGCACCUCAGUUUUCCCCUCUGUGGAAUGGGUGCACCAGUUGUUUGCCACAGAGUUCAGCCCUUCCCUGCAGCGGGUGGGGCCGGCACUGCCCAGUGAUGGCUUGGCAGUGCCCCAGAAUCACCGGCCCCUCACCCUCCUUUUCUGAAAGGGGCAUUGGCCAUGAAUAAACUCCCGGGUCCAUA